CCCGCCUCCUCCAGCUGCAGAAACGCUGUAAAAGAGUGUUCGCGCAGUGCUUUUUCAGCGUCUUAAAGAUGAGCAUAAACUUCAGCAAGUGUCAUUCAGUGCUCAUCACGGGAGCGAGCAGAGGACUCGGACUACAGAUGGUCAAACAGUUGAUCGGCUCGCCGGAAAGACCCAAAAAGAUCAUCGCGACCGCCCGUGAUCCAGCCGCAGCAGAGGAUCUGCAAGCACUUGCCGCGUCCAAUCCAGGGGUUGAUGUAGUAACUCUCGAUGUAACCAGCGAUGUGAGCGUGGAUGAUGCGGUUCAGCAAGUGGAGUCUAUUGUGGGUGCUGAUGGUCUAAACUGCUUAAUUAAUAAUGCGGCAAUUAACAUCUCCUGUAAUUUGGACACAGUCACCCGAGAUGCCAUGAUGAAAACCUAUGAGAGUAAUACCGUUGCUCCUCUUUUUGUGACCAAGGCUUUUCUGCCAUUGUUGAGAACGGCGGCAGUUCGGGGCAGUGGAAUGGGAAUCCACAGAUCAGCUGUGAUCAAUGUGUCAUCUCUCCUGGGGUCUGUCCAGCUUAACUGGGGCGAGAUGGCGUCCUUCAAGAGCAUCGCCUAUAGGGCAUCUAAGAGUGCCCUAAACAUGGUUACCAGAUGUUUGGCAGUUGAUUUGGAAGAUGAUGGAAUCUUAUGUGUCGCCCUGCACCCCGGCUGGGUGCGCACUGAUAUGGGCGGAACAAUGGCACCUCUGAGUGUAGAAGAGAGCAUAUCAUCUGUGUUGCCUGUCAUUUCUGGAUUAACGGAGAAAAAUCACGGUGGAUUUGUGGACUACUCUGGGGACAAUGUACCUUGGUAAUCUCCACAGUGU